AUGUCGGCCAAGGCGAUUCGAGAGUACUACCGGAAGCAGCUCAUCGCGCGCUGGCUCCCGGAGUACAGCAAUGGGCGGCACACAACCGACAAGAAACAAGUCCUUAUCACGCCCGAUGUGUUGGAGCCGACGAAGGGUCAGAGUUUCGAAGUGAUCGCACAAGCGAACCCGUGGUUGUUGAAGGAGAAAUUGGUGGUGAAACCCGAUCAGCUCAUCAAGCGCCGUGGGAAGGCCGGUCUGCUUGCUGUGAACAAGACCUGGGAGGAAGUUCAAGCGUGGAUCUUGGAGCGAAUGCAGCGUGAGGUGCAGGUGGAGCAAGUGAGGGGCGUCCUGAACCAUUUCAUCGUGGAGGCCUUUGUUCCGCACUCCCAAGAUGAGGAGUACUACUUCUGCAUCGUGUCCAACCGGGAGGGGGAAGAGAUCCUCUUCACGCACGAAGGUGGUGUGGACAUUGGAGACGUGGACGCCAAGGCCUUGCGCAUUCAAGUGCCUUUGCAGGAAGAGCCGAACCCCGAGGCCAUCAAGGCUGCCCUCUUGGCGCACGUGCCUGCGGCCAAGCAAGAUUUCCUCGCCACCUUUUUGGAAGGAACCCUCAAGCUUUUCCGCGCGCUCAACU